AUGUGCCGCAUCGUGGAGGGAGACAUUCUGUCGGACGAGCGGGAGGUGAUCGACAGUUAUGAGAUAAAUGUAGGUGAUACUGAAACUGCCGUGUUCAAUCAUUACAGCUCUUCUGAGGAAGAUUAUUUGCAAGCAAAUGAAGUACCAAGUUCUGAUCUGAUUGGUUCGUCAACCAUCUCUGAACUUUCUCGACCGUUCAUCGACAAAUCUCUUACUGGAAAAUGUAGUAAUGUGUCUUCGUUUGUGUGCACCGGGUGUCGCCGCAUACGUGUUUGCAUAGCACAUAUAAACGAUGAAUCGAUGCUACCGGAAACCAACUGCCCUCCUUCAACAUAUUGUAACACAUUAGCUCAAGACAUGGGAGGAGCAUGUCUUGCAGUGCCCGAUGUUCAAUUUCCCGAGUGCACAAGAACGCAACAAGUAGACGAAAGUGGAUUCAAAACCGGAAAGCUUUGUACUGGAAAAGGGGUAUUUCCCGAUCCUCAGGAUUGUCGGAAAUUUUUCAAAUGUACUCAAGCUGGUAAUAACGGUCGCCCUUAUAAAUGUCCAUCAGGGUAUGUGUACAAUUCAAAAGACCAGUCUUGCAGCAGGAGCGCACGAUGUCACACAGUACAAUGCCGAUCGAAUGGACGAACAUUUUUCCAGGCUUUUCCACAAGACCAUCGGUUCUAUGCGUUCUGUAACUUUUAUCGAUCAAGAAAUCAAUCCAUUUUGAAAAACGUUAUUAUGUAUAAAUGUGACGAAGGUUCUGAAUUUAAUUCGAUUGCUAAUACAUGUGUUUUUAAGUGCCAUCGAGAAGGCUUUAUGGCAAAACAAGGAGACCCAUCAAAGUAUUUCUGGUGCCGCAAAAUCCAUGGACAGCUGUUUGGAUAUGAGAACGUUUGUCCAGGUGGACCUGGAGCAAUGUUUAGUGCCAAACUUGGGAUCUGUCUGCCACCCGUUGAAAUACCUUCAUUAAAGCAAACUAACAAUACGCUCAAUUCGAAUAACAUAACAACAGGAGCAGACACGCCUGUUCAAAUUCCAUAUUGGACACAAUGGGCAUCAAUUCCAGUGUCUUCACUAUUAUAA